GUGCUCGGAGCAGGAAUCUCCGGUCUGACAGCAGCCAAAAUACUGAGCAAAGAGGGAUUAAAAACCCUUGUACUUGAAGCUCGAGAUCGUAAUGGUGGACGUAUUCACACUAUUCGUCUGCCGGCUUCGAACGAGGGUGGUGAAGUGACGAUUGAUCUCGGAGCUAGCUACUUGCACGGUUGUGUGAGUUCACAAGAGAUACAACCAUUAUUCACAUUGGCCAGUCGACUGAAUAUGGUCACUACGAUUGCCCCUGGGGAUGUUCUUGGUCCCCAUCGCGGUUGGGAAUGUCCAGAGAUUGCGGUGUGGAGAGAUCACAAGACGGGACAGUCUGUCCAUCUGGACGAGGUUGCUGAAAUGAGUUGUCUGUUGGAUCGUUGUUUAGUGCACAUUUUGAUGACUGCGAGACAAAAGAAGGGGGUGUUUUCAACGAAGCGCACGUUGGCUGAUAUUCUUGACAGUUCAUUGGAUGCAUGUCUGCGCUUGUUAUUCAAAGCCGGUCAACGAACAUCACCAACUCUUUCCAGACGGGAACGUGGUAUUUUUGAUUCAUUGUUUGCACGAUAUAUUGCCUAUGUGAAUCCUGCUCACCGACUCCCAGUGAACCUUUCGCUUGGACCACAUUAUGAGGCCGAUGCGGCGGCUAAUCUAGCAUUUGAUGCGGAACAACCGACAGCGCAGGCAAAACAACUGUAUUUAAACUGGUUAGAACAGAAACGGACCCAUCUGGCGGUUCAUGGACCUCGAUGCACUGUGGCGCGUCGUACUGAACAUCGUUGGGAGGACAGACUUGUGUUGCAGGGUUUUGAUCAAAUGAUUCAAUUCUUGGCCACCGAUCUGGAUAUACAGCAUCGUUGUAUUGUGAAGCAUAUCGAUUGGUCUCGUGUGCUCACAUCUAGAACACAGUGCGCCCCAACUAAAUGGUCCAAUACAAACGUCAAUCCGGACGAUGUCAUCUGUGUGGAGGCAUCAUCGUACCAGGAUGAUGCUCAUGUAUCUGCAUCCUCUCGAAAACCACCCCAGAAGUAUCUAGCCCGUUUUUGUAUCAUUACUUUACCGGUUGGCGUGCUCAAAGGAUUGGACAGGCGCAGUGCGGUUAAUUUCCAUCCAGCACUACCUGCGAGAAAACAGUUGGCCAUCGAUCGUCUCGGUGUGCCACGCUACGGAGCGGAAACGCACAAUAAGAUUCGGCUGCUGAAUCGACCAGAUCACGCAAUCGUGCAAGAGUUGAUGGACCUACUAAGCGGAAUGUUUCCCGAAGGAUGCCCACUACCAGAGCCUGUUUUCACUACAGUUACGCGCUGGUCCGAGGAUCCCUUCAGUUUAGGUGCUUACACAGCUGGCGAGGUGGGUAGCGAUGAUGACGAUCGUCAUGCUUAUGCAAGUCCUCUUCCAUCGUCGGACUAUCCUCGUGUGCUUUUUGCCGGGGAAGGCACAGUGGAUAGCACGGGGGGGCAGCAGUGCACUCACGGUGCAUUCACCUCCGGUGUGAACAGUGCGUUAGACAUAUUAGAUUUUGUUCAAGGCGGACGCUGUCGACUGCGCGACGUGCGAAUCGUGGACUACCUGACUGGGUAUCGAACUUAUAACUAUCCACCUCAUGGCAUGGUUCGUCGCGCAAUGAAGCGCAAAAAUGAUGGUAGUGGUUUGUCGAAGACAACUGGAAAAGAAACGGAAUCUGUUGGUUUGAAAACGGAAUUGAAAAGAAAUAAUUUAGAAGUAUCGAAUACUCCGUGGAACGAAGAGAACAAAACCCUCGGAAAUUUCGUCCUGACCGAUCCCUCCAGCGAUCGGCACACUGCUGGCACUAAUUCCAAUUCUGUAAUUGACCCAAUACUCUUUCCGCACCGCCGAUCUGCCCGCUUAUCUACCUGGAUAUCCACUCAAGCAUCCGCCUCGCUACACUCAUUUUACAAGGUACGGCGUCCCAGUCAUUCUCGAGGGAAACGCAGUCGCACCAACACCUACUGUCCCAGCAGUAGUACGAGUAGUGUUGGUUCAUUGAAAGAUGAACUUACUCCUUCCCCGUCUUCACCUGAACCAUCCAGCGAUGGAGCCGCAGAUGAUGAUCCACGCGUACCUGGGAAACCACUAACUCAAUCUAUGUCGCAUCUGUGCUCUUCGGCCAUGGACCUCUCACCCGACGCCCCUGCGAUAACAAUAUCUGGUUUCACAUCAACCGCGUCGGAUCCGACCACAAGUGACACAUUUGAUACAGCUACCGUUUUCCGUUCCCCUUUACCUCUUGUUUUUACUACGGUUUCCAAUGUCUCGGAAAAAUCCCACGAGAAUCCUAUCAAGCCGGAUGAUUCCGAUCCAAUCCCGAAUACAAAACUGUCUACUAGUUCGUACGUUCCCACUUUCAAAUCGAACUUUUCCAGCGGUUCAGAGAUGAAGGAUUGUGACGUCGUCUCACCCAUGGGUUCAGUAAAUCGCUCCGAACGACCCAGUCAACCCAAUAACAAUGAAUAUCAAACUCGAGAUUGUUCAUAG